CAAGCAUUCACAAUCAGUAUUAUGGCUGUAGACCAAGCUGGAAAUCCAAUGAAUAAUGCCAUAAUUCACAGUUCUGUUAUCACUGAGAGCAGUAGAGUUGAUCGUCUCAAAGAAGGACAAGCACAGCAAGAAGUUGGCAAUCAGUGCACAGAAUUAGAGUAUAAUGUAUUCUCACAAGACAGCUCUGCUCAAGUGGAACUCUAUGCUGAGGGUCCAUGCAACAAUUUGGGAAUUUCAAGACAAAUUCUAAACAUAUCUUUUCUAAAGUGUGAAUGCCCUAUUGGACUCAAGCCAAUCAUGUCCUCAAUUGAGUGCAAGUGUGACUGUGAUCCAGUCUUGCAACAAGAAUAUCAGAUAACAAACUGUUCUGAGGAAAAUGGGACCAUAAAGCUGGAAAGCAAUAACAACAUAUGGAUAGGAGUGACUAAUACUACUAACGGAAGUGGGUAUGUUGUUAGUAACUGUACAUUUGACUAUUGUGUACUAAAACUAGUCAACAUCAGUCUAAGCAACCCUGACGAACAAUGUGCCCACAAUCGAAGUGGUGUUUUGUGUGGAGAAUGUGAACCAGGACUCAGUCUUGUGUUAGGUACUUCACGAUGUGAACUCUGCUCAAACACUUACCUUCUCCUGCUACUCCCGUUUGCCCUGGCAGGCAUAGUACUAGUCGCAUUCAUUCUCGUUUUCAACAUUACCGUAGCAACAGGCACUAUCCAUGGGCUGAUCUUCUACACUAAUAUAUUAGCUGCAAAUCAAUCGAUUUUCAUACCUUUUCAUAACCCUUUGACAGUUUUCAUAUCGUGGGUGAAUCUUGACUUAGGUAUUGAGACAUGCUUUUAUGAUAGAAUGAACUCUCAAGCAAAAGUGCUCCUUCAAAUGAUCUUUCCUGUUUACCUGUUUCUUCUGAUGUUCUUAAUAAUUAUUUUAAGCAAGUACUCCGACUCAUUUGCAAAGCUCCUCUCCAACAGAAACCCAGUUGCUGCCCUAGGCACACUCGUCCUACUCUCUUAUUCCAAACUCUUACGGUUUAUCAUUGCUGCACUGCAAUACAGGGUCUUGGAUUAUCCUGAGGGUGCAACCAAGGUGUUGGAUUUUCCCAACAAUUCAAAUGAUAUAGUUUGGUUGUAUGACGGCAAUGUGCAAUAUUUCACUCCCGGUCACGUCCCUCGGUUUGUUUUUGCCGCCAUAAUCCUCAUUUCUGGUAUAUUGUUCACUGUAGUGCUCUUGUUUGGACAAUGGUUUCCUCGCUGUUCAAAAUGGAAGCUCAUGAAAUGGACUAAGAACACAUACUACAAUGGCUUCAUGGAUGCAUACCAUGCUCCAUUCACUCCCAAGCAUCGCUACUGGGUGGGACUGCUCCUAUUUUCUUUGAUCGCUCAUAAUCUAAUAACAGCCUUGGCUUUGGACACAUCUCUACCCGUACUAUCAGCUGGAUCUAUAACUGUUGGACUUAAUAUUUUCAAAUCGCAGAAUUAUCCAGUGUACAAAAUACGAUUCAAUGAUUUACUGGAAACACUCUUUUUCCUCAAUCUUGCAAUUCUAGCGUAUGGCACCCUCUACAUAGGAAACAUCAAUGAGAGUCAAGUCAUAAUAUCCAACAUUUCAAUGGCAGUGGCUUUUAUUUUGUUGGUGGUGAUAGUCUGCUACCAUUGUUACGAGUACAUUUUGAAAACAGUUCCUGUUCUGCAAAAUGCACUCAAACUGAGAAAAAUGAUUCCACGAGUUCGCAAACUGGAAAGGUACGAAAUGGAGAACAAAGAAACCUGGACAAACGCGGGCAGAUGUGAUCCGUACACUGAUGGAGCCAUGGAAGAAGAUGACCCUGAUCGUUACAUCACUCCUCCCAUCAUCAGACCAGCCACGAGGCCAGACCAGCUGAGAGAGCCUGCCCUGGACGUGCUAGCCCCCCUCACCACAGAGGACUACAGACCAGCCCCUCCCCCUCCUCAAGCUACAGCUGACAAUGCACCCAAAGUCACGCACACUGUCAUCGAUGUCAUAAAGAGUAGCAUUAACGAAUGAUGGUAUAUCUCAAUUAAAUACUGUUUGUAUAAUUUUAUAGCUUGUGUCCGUUUUCUUAUUUUUGUGAGCCCUCCUCAUGCAUGUAUGCACAAUUAUAUUCAUUGACUUUUUGUGGACUAGAUUCAGUUUAAAUUUACUUGUAACGACUUUGCUAGUAUAACUAACUAGUAUCACUUCAUCAGU